GUGUGAUAAAUGCUUUAUAUUCGUUCCAAAAUGUAAAUCGAUCAUGCUUGACAAACACGCUGCUAGUGUAUACGUACGAAAUUAAAAAGAUAUCUAUAAUAAGCUAUAAGUACUGGUGUUAUUAUAGUAAAUAUACAUUGAACGUACCUAUGUUAUUUUGUGAGAAUAGCCAUCAGUAAUGACUACAAAAGAAGACCAUUCAAUUUCAUUGCCAGCAGUAUACGACAGUUACAGCAGCCUUUUGCAGAAAUCAACUUUAGAGAAGAAAUUGCCACAAUUUAUCGCGGCUUUCAUAGUUUCUCUAACGGCAUUUUCUGCCGGAACAUCCAUCGGUUGGACGAGUCAGAUAUCUGAAAAAUUGCUCGGAGGAGAGUUAGGAUUUACAAUCACUAAAAACGAACUUUCAUGGAUAGCUUCACUGACAUCGUUAGGUGCGGCAGUAUUUUCAAUUUUUGCCGGACCUCUGUGUGACAAAUUUGGAAGAAAACCGAGCGCGUUCUUAUUCAUUGUACCGUCACUCACCGGCUGGACUUUAAUUCUUUGGUCAAAAUCAAUCGGGAUGGUAUAUGCGGGACGAUUUUUGACUGGAAUGUCCACAGGAGCACUUUGUGUGUUUACAGCCCUAUACAACAACGAAAUAGCACAAAAAGAAGUGCGCGGUACUUUGGGAAGCUUUCUACAACUAAUGAUCUCAAGUGGAAUACUAUUUGACGCAAUCGUUGCCAAAUUUGUAAAUAUGAAAUUAUACACGGCGUUGUGUGGGGGUGUGCCCAUGGUUUUUGGGGCGCUAUUCGCCUUUAUGCCAGAAUCGCCAGUCUAUUCCGUACAAAAGCGGGACUAUGUCGGUGCACGUGCAACACUUAUAUGGUUAAGGGGAAAAAACUACAACGUCGAUCAAGAAAUGAAGGAAAUCGAACAAUACGUACUGGAUAAGAACAAGUGUUCGGGGACGAAUACCUUGAAAAACUGCAUGAAAACACGUGCAAGCAAAAUAGCCUGUGUGAUCGGUUUUGGGCUAAUGAUUUUUAAAUGUAUAUGCGGUAUUGACGCAAUUACGGCUUAUACUUCCUACAUCUUCACAAAUGCCAACAUUGGCUUAAACGCUCAAUCGGCAACGAUCAUACUAGCCAGUUUCUCGACGGGCGCUGGAAUUUUUCAAUCAUUGGUGGUAGAUAAGUGUGGACGAAGAACUCUGUUAAUGCUAUCGUCUGGAGCAAUGACGGUAUGUUUAACUAUCGUAGGAAUAGUUUUGAUGCUGAAAGGCAGAUACGCGUUUAGUGAAGAAAUAUACAAAUACAUCAAUUAUUUACCCGUAGUCGCCUUAACUGUGUUUGAAGUGGCAUACUCCCUUGGUUUAGGACCAAUAUCUUGGUUGAUGAUGGGCGAAGUUUUCCCGCAAGAAAUAAAAAGUUUAGCCUCAUCUCUUGCUACCUUUGUUUCUUGGAUUGUUACCUUUGCAGUUACAGGCCUGUUUAUGGUAGUGAAUACAGAGUUGGGCGGAGAUUUUGCUUUUUUAUUAUUUGCGGUAUGCACUUUAGCAGCGACAUUGUUCACAUUUUUCUUAGUUCCGGAAACAAAAAACAAAAGUUAUCUUGAAAUUCAAAGUGCCUUAUAAAAUAUUUGUAGGUUGUAGGUACUUACCUAGUUAGAAAAUACGUAUUAUUUUUUCAGUAUUAAGUAUUGCGUUUGUAGCAUAAGUUACUGUAACUCAUCUUUAUGUUGUGUCAAAUUGGAAGCAGCUCCAAAGGCUGGGAGUUGGUGCGCUUAGAUGUACUAUGGCGGUACGGUACUUCCACCUAUUGCUUGAAAUUAUGGACAAUGUGGAAUUCAUUAUACCUACUCUAAUUAAAUAAAUCUCAUUGAUGUUGAA